UGGGCAGUUGUUCUUUCUGUUCUUGUGUCAGUUCAUAUAUUUACUCUCUCUCUCAAGUCGUUCCCUUUCCGCGUUGAAAUCGAAGCACAAAUUUCUCUCUUUCGUUAGCUGUCUUGCUAUUUCUCUCCCACUCUCCUUUCUGUAAUUACCCGUUUUUCGCUCCAAUCUGACCUUAUGAUCAAUCUCCAAUACCCGAAGAUUCAAGGGUUUUAAUCUUCUCCUGUUUUUUUCUGCUUGUGUUGAAGCUGGGAUUUGAAGGGUUUUAGUCGUCGUACAGUUUUGUGAAGCAGGAAAUAAACCCAGUUUGUUCAGCGGUGUUUAUGGGCCACUCUGACUUAUUGAAUUUGCUAUUCGCGGUGGGUGUCUGGUGUUCUGCAUAUAUUGUUGUUGCAGUUAUUGCGUCAUUGCGGAUCAUCUCCUGUCUUUGUCUGCUUUGAAUUAGUGAUACAACUCGAAAGCUGCCAUGGGAUAUGCACAACUAGUUAUUGGCCCUGCUGGCAGUGGAAAGGUCUGCUAUAGUUUUGCCGUUGGAGUAUUGUUUGUUUAUAUGCUCAUAACUGAAUCCAAAACCAUAACAUUCCAUUCUCAGUCAACUUACUGCUCUAGCUUGCACCAACAUUGUGAGACUGUUGGUCGAACUAUGCAUGUUGUGAAUCUUGACCCUGCUGCCGAACAUUUUGACUAUCCUAUAGCCAUGGAUAUUAGGGAGCUCAUUUCAUUGGAUGAUGUUAUGGAGGAGCUUGGACUUGGUCCUAAUGGUGGCCUUCUAUAUUGCAUGGAACAUCUUGAAGAAAAUCUAGAUGAUUGGUUGACAGAAGAGUUAGACAAUUACAUGGAUGAUGAUUAUUUAGUUUUUGACUGCCCAGGUCAGAUAGAGCUCUUUUCCCACGUUCCAGUUCUUAAAAACUUUGUGGAGCAUUUAAAGCGAAAAAAUUUCAAUGUCUGUGCCGUGUAUUUGCUUGAUUCUCAGUUCAUGACAGAUAUUACAAAGUUCAUUAGUGGCUGUAUGGCAUCUCUUUCAGCAAUGGUUCAACUUGAACUACCACAUAUUAACAUCCUCUCCAAAAUGGAUCUUGUGACUAACAAAAAGGAUAUUGAAGACUUCUUAAAUCCGGAGCCUCAAGUUCUGUUAUCAGAGUUGAACCAGCGUAUGGCUCCACAAUUUUCAAAGCUAAAUAAAGCUCUAAUUGAACUGGUGGACGAAUAUAACAUGGUCAGCUUUGUGCCACUUGACUUGAGGAAGGAAAGCAGUAUAAGAUAUGUUUUGGCUCAAAUUGACAACUGCAUUCAGUACGGUGAGGAUGCAGAUGUCAAGAUCAAGGAUUUUGAUCCAGAGGAUGAUGACUAAAAUUCCGUUUCCUUUUCAUUCAACUAUUGAGAUGAUGGGAGGGUCUUUUUUGGGGGCCUCUUCGAUACUUGUAUGUACUUCUCACCAAAAUCAAAUUAGAGUUGGAAUCUUUUGAGUUGCAACUAUAUAUAUAUAUAUAUAUAUAUAUAUAUAUGUUUUUUCUGUGUGUGGAAGUGCCGCACUUCAUUUUCCUCUCUUUUUGUUUUUGGUGAAGAUGAGUUUUACAACUUGAAAAUAGAGAAAGAAAUGGGAAGAAUUUUAGUUACUAUUUUGAUAAAGGUUGAGUUGGAUGGAUACUGAAGAAGAUGAAUAGGAGGGAAAUUAUUGUGAUCUUUAUUAUAUUGGUUUAAUAUGUGCGUGCUAUUUUUCAGUUUUUCUGUAUUUUUUUAAGAAGUUUCUGAUUUAUCAUCUGCUGUUUGCAUACCUUGAUACACUACUAUCCGAAUAGCAUCUAGAGCGGUAAAUGGUGUACCUCUUUUUGUACCCUUGUACUGGCAGAUGAUCAAGAAAUUACCUAAUCCAUACAUUUGUAACAGUCACAAUUGUAUUAUUGAAACUUAGCUUGAACAUGA